UACGUACCUCUAACGUGCGCACAGCUCCAGUGUCAACGGCGAUUGGUGGGGCUUUAGGUAUUAGCUGCCAUCUUCAAAAUCAACAAGUCGAGUUUACAAUCCAUCGUUUGAAACGCCUUUGGUUUAACGAGCAAGACAUGACAACACCUUAAUUCGUCUUUCUAUUUAAUAUAACCCAAAAUGGCUCCUGGGCAGAAGAUGUACCCGAGGGCGACGGUGAAGAAGAUUGUGAAAGCGCAUUCUAACUGCAACGUUAGCAAGAACGUCGAUGUCAUGAUAUUCCUCGACUACGUGCUCUUCAUGCAAACACUCAUGAAAGAAGCGGCUAUUGAUGGGAAACAAGCUGGCGAAAGGGGGAUAAGUGCUCGGAGCGUGAAAAAAGCUACUGCGGAUACCCUGGCCAAGUUCAAGGGAUGAAAGAGAACAAGCCUGCAUAGUAUCGAGUUAUUGUCGGAGCUAUAGUGGCUAGACUUGAUACACUAUAUCAUGAGCCGACCAAUGAGGGUGUUUAGCGUAUUCCGAGUCUAGGCAUAGUUGAAGUGUGCCCUGCCCUUUGAUUCUUGUCUCACCUCGAUCAAGCGCGCCUUGCGCGAGGUAACGAGUGGGUGGAUACAUUGGGCCUCUCCGAGUCGGACUCGAUGGAAGUUGUUGGUGGUUAUGGUAUAGUCCAUAUAUUGUGCACACUCAGCCUUGUUUAUUGCCUAGCACAUAGGCACAUGCGAGGCUUCUUAGCAUGGUAUUUAUUAAAGGCACAAAGAUAGGAUGACUAUACAGAAACGGAUCAAUAAUAGGUAUAAGAGGCAUUAACUAAAUAAAUGUGAAACAUUGUGCAGCACAAACUAAACCAGGUACUAAAGAUUAUAUGGACUAGGUUAGUG